AUGAAUGAUGAUCUAUGUGGAAAAAUAAAUUUUUUGAGGAUGCAUUUACCCGAUGAAUUAAGUGGAAACGCAAAAAUUGAAUUUAACAAAAUUAAAGAUUUCCAAAAGUACUGCUCUAAUAAAAGCUGCAAUACUGAACUCGAACAGAUUACGAUUGGAUUUUUAUGGUUACUUGGAGAAUAUUUUACUGAAUACCCGACUAAAGGUGGUGUUAUAGAGUAUAAUAAACCAUUUUUUCUAUAUAUUAUUUUAUGGUUAAGUUACAAAUUAAAUCAGAACAGAGAGAAAACAUUCACCUCAAUAAACGAUUUUUAUACUAAUCAUGUAAAAAAUGGUGGUAAAUAUAGUAAUUUUAAUAGUGAUUCCUUUAGAUUUACAAGUAUUGAUGAAUUCAUAGAGGGACAUAAAGAUCUGUUGAAUAUUAAUAUUAAAGAUCUUUCUGAAUUUUAUGAUGCAUCCAAAUUAAUAUGUAAUAUGUAUGGUAAUGCUGCACAGAACCAGACAGGCAACAUACUGUCAAAUAAUGUGAAUGAUUUUGCUAGCCAAUAUACAGAGUUAAACAAUAAAUAUAAAGAUAAAGGUACCCCGCAUAGUAAAAUAUUGUCUGCUUUAUCAACUGAUUAUAAUAAUAUAAAAGGGAAACGUAAAGAUUAUCAAACGCUUCCAGAGAUAACAGAAUUUUCUGCACUAGCAUCUAAAUAUGGAGUUACAUCAUCAAGUUCGUCGAUAGGAAACAAAUUAUUUACAGUUUUAUCGAUAUUUGGUGCAAUAGCAUUUUUUUUAGGAAUAUCUUAUAAGUAUUCGUUAUUUGGAUUUCGGAAACGAGCUCAAAAACAACAUUUAAGAGAAAAAAUAAAAAAAAUAAAGAAGAAAAUGAAUCAUUAA